AUGGGGCUAUAUAAUGCUCCCAUGGAGAGGUAUCUGCCACCACCAGCAAGAUUGAAAAAACAAAAAGCCUUUCCUGAAAACAACAAGCCUUCCUCUUCAAUGGAAUAUCUUUUUUCUGAUAACUCUUCACCAAAAUUACUGGGGGAGCACAACAGAGCUAAUAGAUCUCCCUCUGAUACUGAUUCGUUUGCCAAGGGGCAACACAAGCAGCACAUCUAUCGGAACUUCAGUUGGGAGAAGAUGCAGAGUUAUGUGAGGAACAAUUGGGGCGGUUAUGCCAGGGUUAUCCACAAAGUAAAGAAUUUCUUUGUUUUUAAGUUCAACUCGCGAGAAAUUCUUAAAAUGGUUAUGUACAACAGUCCCUUCGCUGUGGAUGGAGGACUUUUGGUUUUAAGCAGAUGGUUUCCAAACAUGUCUUUGGAGCAGCUGAGAAUUGAGCGUAUAUUUAUGGGAAUUCAUUUAUAUGGGUUGCCAGUGGAGUGUCUCACCCCACCAAUAGCGUCGCGAAUGACUAGUAUAAUCGAAGAGCCAUUGUCGGUGGGGGUUACUGAAAUUUAUGCAAGGAAGGCAACCUUCUUGAGAGCUAAGUGUGAGAUCAAGCCCUAUGAUCCGUUACCAUCAGGUUUCUUCCUUCAUUCGUGGAAUGGUGAGAGUAUCUGGAUCAAAUGCAGUUAUGACAGAUUGUACAAAUAUUGUCAGUACUGUGGGGUUAUUGGACAUGUAAUUGAGAAUUGCUCCAUUGAUCAAAAUGAGGAAUUAGAGCAGUACUUGAAUGCAACUUUUGAUCUUAAUGGCAGGGAGAAAAAUGUUGCUUAUGGUAAGGAUGACGGCAUCAAUUUGUUUUCACCUUAUAUGAGGAUGACAGAUGGGCAAAUAAAUAAAAAGUCAACUAGGCUGUCACAGGACUACAUCAAUAGACAUUUUUAUAUCUUCCAAGAGGUGAUACGGCUGCAACGCAGGUGUGCUGUAAGACAGGUGGGGCAUGAUUUAAGGGAGGAUCCGAUGCAGGUGGACACGCCGGAGCCAGAGAAGAUGCAGCCUGGAUGGAAGAAUGGUUUUGAUCGGAAUAAUGGCCCACUAACAGAAAGGCCCAGUAGACAGCUGUCUAGGCCAAGGGAGACACAGAACUCGACACCAACAAAUAUCAUUACCAAUAGGAGCAUUAGGGACAGGGCCUACAUGUCGGAGAGAAGGGUAUGGAUAGAUCCACAAGACAAACAACCAGUGCAGCACGUGGAUCAAGGAGAAUACCGGUCAAUAAUGUUGGGAGAGAUGAUUUUUUCACAAAAUCGGGCCAGCUUGCUGUAUUCAUCUCCAAGCCCAAAGAUAGCUCCAUUUAAUCUUCGGUUAGCAGAGGAAAUAAUGGAUCAACUUAUAACUUGUGAAGGUCAGAGAGGCCUAAAUGUGACAUCAGGCCUGGAGGCCAGGAAGUACUGCUCGACUUGGUCAAAGUGGAUUGAAUCAAGACUGGGCCCAAAGAUAUUUGACAAGUGUGGGCUGGUUGACUCUAGAAAGGAAUUGAUUGUCUCAAGAUGUUACGACAAUUUGCAAGAAAUGAGUUUUAUCUCGGAGGAAAAAGUUGAAAUGAUGGAACAAAUUCGUCUGGGAAAGCGACCAGUGCAAGAAGGUGAGGGGGUAGAUCAGAAGCAGAUGAAAAAAAGAAGAUAUGAAAAGAGGAUGUGGGAUGAAGCUGGGUGUCGUCCAGUGGCACCGGUAAGGAUCCGAAAGCCUUCACCCAGAUCUUCGGAGCGACGCUGGGGAGGAUCGCCAAGCAAAGGGGCUACAGGCAGGUGCAAAUUCCUGCUGGAUGGAUGGGCUAAAGAAAGGGAUUUAAAGAAGAGGGCAAGAACUAUGAUUGAGAUCGAGAGUUCAUGGGAUUCAAAUAGCAGCGUCAAUGAUGCUCCUAAAUGUCAGAAGUGUGCUCUCAAGGAAUCUGACCGAGGAAGAGGAUAUGGCAAAGAUGUCAAUUGGUUGAUUGAGCGCCUUGGUAAAGCGAUGGAGGAAAGAAAUUAG